AUGACACUUGUGCGUAUACGUAAUAAUGAAAUUAUUAGUUUUGCAAUAAAUUACAUGCAAUCAUUAUGUAAAAAUCAUUUUCUCCAACAACUGUAUCGUAAAAUUGAUGGUGCCGUACUCUGGUCACAGAAUGAACGUAAUCUUGACUGUAUCAUCACCUUUCAAACGCAUUCAAUAUUACAAAGAUUCAUGUUACGCUUCGAUAUGUUGCAAUUGGAUUGUAAUGAUCAUUUGUAUGUGUACGAUGGUGCACAUGCUGUGGCAACACCCAAGAUUGAUAUAUCAUGUCGUCAGACAAAACAAACAGUGAGUUCAAUAUUGACACGUACCAAUUUUGUUACACUUAAAUAUGUAACAGACAAUUGGGGUACAGAUGCGAAUGGUUUCAAAUUGGUUAUAACAUCCGUUAAAGAUCCAAGUGAGACCGCUAGUACAGUAUUUGGCAUGGAUAUGACAUGGUUCGUCAUGAUUGUGGUUAGUAUCCUGCUGAUAUUAAGUGCGGCCAUAGUGGGCAUAACAAUAUGUGUGUGUCGGCGACAAGAAGAAACCAAUAACCAACAAAAUACGGCCAUACAAUUACAUCACAAUUUGGCCGAAACGAAUGGCUCGUCGAAACAUCUGCAUUAUACACAUGGCGGUACGCUGACAAGAGAACAUACACAAUUACCGCCCACGUCGGGAAACUGGCAUCACCCUGCGGGACCAUACACCGGGUACCACCGCAUGCAACACAAUUACUUGAAGAUGGCCACCAAAGUCCGUCCCAUCUUGUGCUUGGCAAAUUUCGUCAAUUAGGUCAAGAUCUAAAUACAAAUUCAGUCAAUAAUCUAGGAUUAUCACAAACCAAUAUCGCCGUCAAUAAUACGGCCGCCCAAAAUGCAGCCAAUGCUCAAAAGGAUGAGUGGUUUGUUUGAGACAACUAGUCCAACUACGACAAGACCCGCGCUUAUUGAACUGAAUUUCAAUUUAGAUUUUUUAUCUACACUUAAGACAAAAAGAAGAAAAAUAAAUUGACGAAAAAAACUUUUUGACAAAAAAAAUUUUACAAUUAUUUUUGUUAAACAAAAUUUGCACAGCAUUAAAUGAAGACUGUUAAAUAACUUUUUAAUAACAACAAUUAUUAAGUUUUUUGGUGGACAUCACCCAGCAGGGUGUGUUAAUAAGAGAUUUAAAGUACCCAAAUCUCUUAGGCUAAAUAUGAAAAUGAAAAUUACCAACAAAAACAAAAACAUUAUAAAAUAUAAAUGAAACUAAAAUUAAAUUAAAUUAUUUUCUAAUUAGAACAAGAAAAAAAACCAAAACAAUUCAUAAUGUAAAUAAUUUAUAAAUAUUUAAUUGAUUUAAUUAAUUUUUUUUAUCAAAAUUCUUAUUCAUUUUUCAAUUAACAUGAACAUCUAUUCCAACAUUUCUAAAGGCUUGUUCUAGAAAUUUGUUUAGUUCUAAAAAGAACAAUAUUUGCUAAAGAUCUUGUUCUAAAGACAACAUGUUUUUCUAAAGAUCUUCCGUUAUAAAAAGAGAGCACAACUUGUUUUUAAGAGAAUAAAUAUGUUUAUUAUUUUAAAAAGAACAAGAUUUUCUAAAUAACAAUCUUGUUCUUAAUAGCGUAAUUAUUUUCUAUAUAGAAUAGGAUUUUCUCUUAGAACGUGGUUGCUAUUAAAAGAUCAUGAUUUUUCUAAAGAAAUUUCUGAUCACCAAAUGAUUUUUAAAGAUUAAGACAACAAGAUCGUUGUUCUGAAAAGAAUGACCUUUUUCUAUAAGAAACAUGAUUUCUCUUAAAACGAUCUUGUUAUAAAUAGAUUGAGAUUUUAAAGAAAAUAGAUCUUGCUCUCUUUAGUUUCUAAAAAAGUAAUGUUUUAAAGGGAACGAGAUUUUCUAUAGAAAUAUUUUGCGGUUCUUGCUCUAAAGAGUAUGAUACCGAUGUAAAGAGCUUUCUUGCACUCCUUAUUUCUUUGUUAUUAUUAAGAGAACAAAAUUUCCUUAAACAAUACGAUCUUUCCUAAAAAGAUAUCUUGUUGCGAACAGAAAGAUCUUUUCUAAAGAAUAGAUCUUAUUAUAAAUAGAGCUCUUCAUCCUAAAAAAAGAUUCUAAUCUAAAGAAAACAAUAAGAUUUCGGCAGAAAAAUCUUUUUCUAACGAGAGUAAGAUUAUCUAUGGUGGGAUCAGGGUGUUUAAAAACAACUUACUCUCUAAAAAGCGACCUAAGAACGAUCUUAUUUCUAUAGAACGAUCAUGUUCUAAAUAGAACAAAAAUUUAUCGAAUAAAGAAUGAUCUUGUUCACUUAAGUUUCUAAAAAAGAAUUCAUUCUAAAGAGUAUUUGAGAAAGUACAUGUUCUAAAGAGAACGAGAUUUUCUUUAGAAAUAUCUUCACGGUUCUUGCUCUAAAGUUAUUCUAGACCAAGAUUCUAAUAUAAAGAGCACAUGAUUUGCUUAAGCAAGUAAUGAGCUUGUUUGCACUCUGUACUGCAAGAUGACAGCUAAUUUUUCACUCUCUACCUAUAACUGCUCUAAAGAAUGAUGUUGUUCUAAAGAGAAGAAUUUCUCCUUAAGAAUAUCCUGUUCCAAAAAUAACGAUAUUUUCUAAAAAAAAAAUACAUCUUGUUCUAAAUAGAACACAACUUCCUAAAGAAGGAUCUAAAGGAUAAUCUAAUGUAAACAAUAAGAUUUCAGCAGAAAGAUCUUGUUCUAACAAGAACAAGGGGAAGCUUACUCUCUGCAAAGCGAUCUUUUUACAAAGUGUUAAGACUUUCUGUCAGGAAGCUUACUCUCUGCAAAGCGAUCUUAUUACAAAGUGUUAAGACUUUCUCUAGAACAAUCUUAUUUCUAUAAAAUGAUCUUGUUCUAAAUAGAAUAAAGCUUUAUAAAGUAAGAUUCUGUUAGAGCAUAAACAUAAGUUCUGACAAAAAAAAGCUCUUGUUCUAAAGAAAGAAAGAUCAUGUUUUAUAGAACGAUCUUUUACUUAAAUGUUCUCAGAUUGUGAAAAUGAACAUUAUUUUGUAAAGAAAGAUCCUGUUCUAAAGAGAACAACAAGGUUUUCUACAGAAAAGUCUUUGUUCUAAAGAGAAUUCGAGUUUUUAUUUAAGAUCUUUUUCUUAAGAAAACAAAACUCUCUAAACAGCGAUCUUAUUCCAAACGAGCAAGCCUUUUUAAAGAACAAUCAUAUUAUAAAAAGAAUCUUUCUUUCUAAAGAGAAAUGUUGUUUUUAUAAGAUCCUGUUCUUAAGAGAACAACCUGUUUUUCUACAAAAAAAAUCUUGUUCUCAUAAAAACAAAACUUUCUAAAGAGCGAUCUUAUUCAAUAAGAGCAAGACUUUAUAAAGAUCGAUCACAUUAUAAAAAGAAUCAUCCUUUCUAAAGAGAAACCUUGUUCUUAAGAGAUCUUGUUCUAAAGAGAAAAAUAAGUUUUUCUAUAAAAAAUAUCUUGUUCUCAAGUAAAAACAAAACAUUCUAAAGAGCGAUCUUAUUCCAAAAGAGCAAGACUUUCUAACGAUCGAUCAUUUUAUAAAAAGAAUCAUCCUUUUGUUGUUGUUGAAGAUCUUGUUCUCAAGAAAAUAGAACUCUCUAAAGAGCGAUCUUAUUCCCAAAGAGCAAAACUUUCUAAAGAACGAUCAUAUUAUUCCUUUCUAAAGAGAAAUAUUAUUCUUAAGAGAUCCUGUUCUAAAUAGAACAAUAAGUUUUUUUUACAAAAAGAUCUUGUUCUCAAGAAAACAAAUUUUUCUAAAUAGAGAUCUUAUUACAAAAGAAUCAUAAUUCCUAAAGAGAAAUAUUGUUCUUAAGAGAUCCUGUCCUGUUAAGUGGUUUUCUACAAAAAGAUCUUUUUUAGAAGAAAACAAAACUGUGUAAAGAGCGAGCAAGACUUUCUCAAGAGCGAUCGUAUAAUAAAGAGAAAUGUUUUUCUUAAGACAACAGCAACAAAUUCUCAAGUAAAUAAUACUCUCCAAGUGCGAUCUUGUUCGAAAAAGAACAGUUCGAUCUUUUCUCAAGAUCUUAUUCAAAAGAGAAAAGUCUGGUGGUGAAGAGAACAAUCUUUUUGAAUGAAAGAUUUUGUUCUAAAAAGAAAUUAAAA